UUCAACAUCACACUCCAGUGCAGAGGUUGAAAUAGUCACCUCUCAAACGUCCACAUACAUUCAUGUGAGCAACACAUCGCACUUGAUGCAUUUUUCUGACAGAAUAACACAAUGGCCUGGAUAUUAGCUGCGACAGUAUUCAUGUCAGCGUCGAAUGCAGCUCUAUGUUUCAAUAUCGACCCCGUGGCUUGGAGGUUCUGGAGUCACAGUGCCGCAGGGUUUGGCUACCAGGUGGUGCAAAGACGUUCAGACUUGCUUGUCAGCGCUCCCCUUGCACAGUAUUCAACAUUUGAAAGGGGGCAAAUACUCAAGUGCUCUGCUACAUCCUGUAAAAUCAUGACGGUUAGAGUGCCAGAAUUUGCAGUGAACAUGUCCCUCGGUUUGACAAUGACAAAUGACCCCAUCUCGCAAAACACUAUGGCAUGUGGCCCAACCAUCCCAACAGAUUGCAAAAGUAUCACCAUGUACAGCGGCGCAUGCUUCCAGAUAGACCAGUGGGAUCAGUUUGGAUCCCCGAUGCCUUCGUCUCCUCCAGAGUGCAGAGCUGAGGCAGAUAUUGCUUUUCUCUUGGAUGGUUCAGGCAGCGUAAAUCUGGCAGAUUUUGGAAGAAUGAAGAAUUUUGUGAAAAAGCUUGUACGUCCAUUUGUGGGAAAACCUACACAGUUUGCUGUCGUCCAGUUCUCCACUAAUCCCAUUUUCCACAUGAGCUUUCGUGACUUUUUCUCAUUCGGACAAUGGGAGUCGAACAUUGAUGGAAUAAGACAAAUAGGGGAAGGAACUAACACAGCUCAGGCCAUCCAAUUUGUGGUCCAAAAUGUUUUCACAUCAGAAGGAGGUUCCAGACCGAACGUGAAGAAGAUCCUGAUCGUCGUUACUGAUGGAGAAUCUACUGACAGUACUAGCUUACCAUAUUCAAUACAGUUAGCUGAGAACAAUAAGAUUAUUCGAUUUGCUAUUGGGGUGGGGCGAGCGUUCUCUUCCCAAAACGCAAAAAAGGAACUGAACUACAUUGCAUCAGCUCCCUCGACAAAUCACGUGUUUCGUGUAGAGAGCUUUAAUGCACUUGAUGCAAUCACAAAAAAUUUGCAGGAGAAAAUCUUCUCUAUUGAAGGAUCUCAGUCCACUGGAGAGACACUGAAAAUGGAAAUGGCUCAGACGGGAUUCAGUGUGGCUUAUGUGCCAGGGGGAAUUAAUAUGGGCAGUGUUGGCGCCAACCAGUGGAAAGGAGGCUACAUGAAAUACACAUUAUCAGGCGAGAAGCUGAGUUCAUAUGAGCCUUUGUAUAAGGAUCAAGACAGUUAUCUGGGUUACUCCAUGACUAUCGCUAGAACCAAACAAGGCCCACUGACAAUUGUUGGCGCUCCUAGAUAUAAACACAGAGGACUUGUGAUGGCAGUUCAGGAACAGAUGCAGCAGAAGAUUGAUCCGUUUCCCUGGCAGUUUCAGACGGGUGAAUAUUUUGGGGCAGAGGUUCGUGCCAUGGAUGUAAACGGUGACGGAUACACUGACCUAAUCCUCAUAUCUGCACCUAUGUACAAGGAAGCUAAUAGAGAGGGAAGAGUUUACGUUUGCACUUUAUCUCAUUUGAGUGUGGAGUGUCACUUGGAUUCUCCGUUAGUGCUGAGAGGGGAUGAGUCCGACCAGGCGAGGUUUGGCUCUUCUCUUGCUGUGGUGCCUGAUCUCAACACAGAUGGACUCAGGGAGGUGGCAGUUGGAGCCCCUCUGGAGAAUGGUGGUCAAGGCAGCAUCUACAUAUUCCACGGCGAAGGAGGAAGCAGAAUCAGUCCAACUUACUCACAGAAAAUUGCUGCCGCUGAAGUCCAGCCAAGACUCAGAUUCUUCGGUAUGUCGAUCAGUGAGUCGUCUUUUGACCACAGUGGUGACAGUCUGCCUGAUUUAGCGGUGGGGUCAAAGGGCACAGUUGUCUUACUCAGGUCAAAGCCUGUAGUAAUGGUAGUUGCUACGAUGUCAUUCAACCCAAACCAGGUCCCUACAAAAAACAUAAUCUGCAUGAACCCACUGGAGAACACAGCUACCAUCUGCUUUACCAUGACCAUACUUUCUACACUUCCCACAGCUCGAGCAAAGAUCAAUUAUACUUUAACACUGGAUGCCACCCGCAAGGUCCCCAACAACAGAGCUUACAUCAGUGACAAACAACGAGAGAAGACCGGGUCAAUUGAUGUUGACUCACGAAGGCAAAAAUGCGUGAAUGUGAAAUUCUUUAUUGAGGCUUGUCCAGAAGAUACUUUCAAUGAACUUAGAAAUGAGCUCAGAUUCACCUUUGACGGUAUUCCCUCUGCUACAAACCUCAAACCAAGUCUCGCCCAACAUGCUAAAACUACAGCUUUUCAUUCUCUGGGGUUUGAGAUCAACUGUGGCAUUGACAACAAAUGUGUAGAUAACCUGAAAGUGGAUUUCAAAUUCAACAGCUCCUCAGAGUUGAAGGUGGGCAUUGAUGAACUGUUGGACGUCAUGGUAACAGUGGAGAACAGAGAAGAAGACUCCUACAACAGCUAUGUGACACUCACGUACCCAGUCGGGCUCUCCUACAGGAAGUUCACAGGUUUGCAGGGAAGAAUCGAGUGCAACUCCUUGGACAGUGAAGAUGGCUUAACGCUUGGAAUGACAAUCUGCACCAUUAACAAACCCAUUUUCAAGAGCAACAGUGAGGCUUUGUUCACCGUCUCCUAUGGGAUCGAAAGCAACAGACAAUUUGAGAGGCAGAUUUUUAUCUCCGCAAAUGCUACCAGUGGGAAUCAGGAACACGCCCGUUCCAGUAAACUCUACCAAAUAAAAUGGAUGGAUGUGAAGUACAGCAUUUUUGUCACGAUUGAAAGUUCCCACAGCUACAACAAUUUCACUUUUGGAAAGAACAAUGUGCAGAAACCUUUCCAGCAGUCAGUUGUGGUUACAAAUAACAUCAGGGCACUGAAUUUCACGGUGGUGAUCAAGGUGCCUGUAAAGGUUGAUGAUAAAGACAUCUGGGUGGAUUCGAACAGUUUGCAGAUUCAGGACUGCGAAAGAGACGCAGACGAAGGACCUACUGUCAAAGACUCUGUUGCUAUGAUAAAGGAAAAUAAUGUAGUGGACUGCUCUGUAGCCAGAUGUGGUGUGUUCAGGUGCAGUAGGUUCAUGGGAAGACUGGAGAGUAAAAAGUACAAAAUGUCUGCCAACAUCAGUUCAGGAUGGAUAGAGCAGAUUGGACUCCACUCUGCAAAAUUCCUCUUGACCAGCACGGCUACUCUGGAGUAUGACACAAACAAGUACAUCUUCUUUUCUACGGGUUCUAAUAACAGGCCUCCGAUUCACAAGCUUGAGGCCGAGAUAGAAGUGUAUCAACAACCAGACUUCACCAAAGAAAUCGUCGGGGGAUCGCUGGGAGGGUUGGCUCUGCUGGUUUUACUCACUGCUGGCCUGUAUAAGGCUGGAUUUUUCAAGAGUAAAUACAAAGAUUUGAUUAAUCAAGCAGAAGAAGCAGGAGAACCAGAGGCUGAUGAAGAUGCAGCCACACUAGAACAAUAAACAAUAAUUGGAAUGACACUCAGUAGAGCACAUACCACCGCCAAGCCCCAACAGUCCCCUUACAUUCAAUCAAGCCGCACCAAAUUUCACACACAAUUUUUUAAAAUCAAGAGCCAUGAAUUAUUCUCACCUACAAUGGCACUGUUGUCACUGUUUAGUGUAUAGUUUUAUAUCUUCAGGGCCCAAAAUCAUGUUCGAUUGAUAAACUGAGCAGAUGAAAAAAUGAAUUUCCAAAUGAAUUCAAAAGAGUGAUGGAGGAAAGAUUCAUGGCACAAUGUUACAUAGGGAGCGAUUUCAAACACAUGCCCUAAAGAUGAAGAUGUGUGACAACAGAGAGGCGUCACAAAAUUGCCCUAAACAGCUUCUUGUUAAUCUACAGCGACCUGUGUUUAUAUUUCUGCAAACUAUCUGUGUUCAUUUUAUGUUUUCAAGUGAAGGUGAUACAAACUUAAUACACUUCUGCUGGCUUCUGCUUAUCAUCAAAACUGCCAAAAUAAAAUAUGCUUAAGAGCAGCUCACUUGUUAAACUUUUAAUUGUACUUAAUGCAACUUUUAUUGACAACCUGAAUUGCUUUGUAUUCUGAAUGAAAGUAAAAUACAUUUUUUCUAUGCUUCAUC